AUGUCCAUGCAGCAGGUUCCGAGCAACUUCAACGCCGAGGAGGCCGACAACCUCGAGGAUAUCGAGAAGCAGUUUGCUGUCAAGGUCGUCCAGCACAUGGAGACCUACUGGAAGAUCUUGGAGAAGGUCAAGGGCUCCUCACUGCGCCUGACCAAGAUCGACGACGAGAUCUACGAGCACCUGCAGAAGGACUUCCCCGAGUUCGACCCCGCUGCCACCAUCAACGAAGAUGAGAUGAAGAGCAAGGACGGCAAGGAGCGCUGGAGAAAGUUCAUGACGGCCUACGAGAAGAGAGUUGACGACUACAACUUCGGUACCAUGGUCCGCGCCAACCCCAAGUUUGAGUACGGCCAGAAUGACGUUAUUUUUGUACCGCGCAUGCAGUUCUACGCUGUCGAGAUUGCCAGAAACCGCAAAGGUCUGAACGACUGGAUCUACGAGAAGGCUCAGGCUAGCAAUGACAAGGCUUAA